CCCCGCCACGCGAGAAGCCCCCCUCUCCGCGCUCCACUCGGGUGCGCGCGCCGGUGAGAGAGCGCUGGAGAAAAGGCGAGAGGAAAGAAGAGCAGGCGGACGCAAAGUUCUCCCGAGCACAGCAUCCUUCCACUCGUUCGGAUUCGGAGGAUUGAAAGCGUCCCGAGAGGCGUGCCGGAGAGCACCCAUGGGUGCCUCAGAGGAGUUGGCGCUCUGGUGCUGAGACGUGCUCGUCAUGAUUUGGGGAAGCCUUUUACCGAUUUUGCUGUCUUGCGCGCUCGCCAACAGCACCGUGGAGGAGCAGGAGUCGGCGCCGGUCCCGGUGCCCUUCUUCCACGGGCAUGUGUUCGAGAACGCGCCGCCGGGAUCCCGGGUCAACGGGCUGAUCGUGCCUCUGCGGAGGCUGAACGCCAAACGAACGUGCGGCUCGGAGUUGGUUCCCCAGCCGCACUGGAGGCUCCUCGGCGACGGAAGCGACAAGUUUCGCGUCCUGACGCACCACAACCGAGGCCACAUGCUGCUGAGGACUAACGGGCUUCUGGACCGAGAGCAGCGGGCUGAGUACGCGCUGGGGGUCGGCGUGUGCUGCGGCGGCUCGUGCGCCGAGGUGGCGUCCGUCAAAGUGGACGUGCUGGACAUCAACGACCACCGGCCCGCCUUCCGGGGCACCGAUGUGAGGCUGAGCCUGGAUGACGCUACCCCGCUGCGCACGGUGGUUUAUACGGUGACGGCGCGGGACGAGGACAGCGGCAAGAAUGCGGAGCUUUUUUACUUCGCCAUGCCCAAGAACGGCACUUUCUACGUGGUGCCUAAAAGCGGAGAGGUCCUCCUGGUGGACUCUAUCCUGGGCCGGGACGGACCUAUUAAGUUCACGGUGUUCGCCCGGGACCGAGGCUGGCCGCCGCGCACGAGCGAGGGCAUCGUGGUGGAAGUCACCCCGCGCCAGUGGCUCUCCACCCGGGGAAAAGCACCCGCUCGGACUUCCAGGUCCGUCCGAGACGCGGCGGAGAGCAGCCCGCUUUUCAUCAACGUGUCCGAGGACGCCGGCAUCGGCUCGGUGGUGAUGAACUUGAACCCGGUGCGCUUCCAGGCGGCCGCGUUCGAGCUGGUGGAGCCCGACGACGCGGAGAGCUCGCCGGUGGUCGUGGGGCGCGACAGCGGGGAUAUUGUCAUCGCGCGCCGGCUGGACCGUGAGACGGAGCCGCUGGUAGAGAUUGGCGUCAGGGUGCAAGACAAACGAGGUCCAGACUGGUACCUGGUCCGAGUGGAAUUAACGGUGACCGACGUGAACGACAACGUUCCCGAGUGGCGGAUGGUCCCCGCCCCGUACCUGGCUGUGGUGUCCCCCGAUGCCUCUGCUGGGGAGCUGGUCUACCAGCUGUACGCCCAGGACGACGACCAGGGGCUCAACGGUGAUGUGGAGUUUUUCCUGGCGGACGGAGGGGACGGUCGAUUCGAAGUAGACCGGAAGAACGGUCACGUGCGGACCACCGGGCUUCCUCUGCAGCGUGACCGCGAGUACCUGCUGACCGUGGUGGCCGCCGACCGCCUGGGGAGCCGCAGCGUUCCGGCCGUGGUAUCGGUGGUCGCCGGCGCCAGGCCGCCCCAGUUCACCAACGCCUCCUACACCAUUGCCAUACCGGAGAAUACGCCCGAGGGGCAGCCCUUCCUGGCGACCACGGCAGUCUCCUUCCAGAAGAAGCCGAUCGGCUACAGCCUUCUGAUCAAUCCCAGCAGUCUGUUCUCCAUCUCGCCCGAAGACGGCCAAAUCAGCCUGACCCGGCCCAUCGACUACGAGAGCGACCAGCACCGCUAUUUGCUGCUGGUGCGAGCCGGCGAGGGCCAAGACAGCAUGAGCAGUGCCGCCGAGGUGCGAGUCAUCAUCGUGGAUGAAAAUGACUGUGUUCCCGAGUUCCUGCAGUCCAUCUACAGCAAGGACGGCGUUCCGGAGACGGUUAUGACAGCCACGUCGCUGCUCCAAGUUUCCGCCAGCGACUGCGACUCGGAAAAGAACGCUGAGCUGACGUACUACACGAUGAGUCCAGACUUCACUGUAUCCCCGCACGGCACCAUCUUCCCGGCCGGACCUCUUGACUACGAGAGGCCCAACCAUCUGUACGAGUUCGUGGUGAUGGCUGUGGACAAGGGGGAGGUACCUCGCACGGGCACGGCUACAGUCAGGGUGCGCAUGGCCAACGUCAACGACGAGCCGCCGGAGUUCUCGCAGCACAUCUACCGUACAUUUGUGUCCGAGGACGCCGGGCCCAACACGCUGGUGGCCACCGUGCUGGCCAAGGACCCCGAUGGUGACGGUAUCACGUACCGUAUCGCUUCGGGAAACGAGGAGGGCAACUUUGUCAUCGACAGCCAGAAAGGUUUGAUCCGACUACGCUCGAGUCCCCCGCCUCACCUGGUGGGCGUGGAGUACAUCCUCAACGUGACGGCGACGGACGACAACGCUUCGGGCGGCCCUCAGGCGUUGUCGUCGACAGCGCAGGUAGUGGUCGGCGUGGACGACGUCAACAACAACAAGCCCGUUUUUGAGAAGUGUCAACAGUACCGGGAGAAGACGACGGUUCUGGAGAACCAGCCCGCCGGGACGGUGGUGCUGCAGGUUCACGCCGUGGAUGCCGACGAAGGUUCCAACGGCAAAGUCACGUACGGUUUCAUGCAUAAAGACUCCACCGUUCCUGCCUUUAGCAUCCACCCUGACACAGGGACGAUUGUCACGGCCAGGAAAUUUGACCGGGAACGUCAGCGGGAAUACGCCGUGACGGUGACGGCCACCGACCGGGCCAACGACCCGCUGAUUGGCAUCUGCCAGCUCAACAUCCUCAUUGUGGACCAGAAUGAUAACAGCCCCAAGUUUGAGAAUAUCCGAUACGAAUACUUCCUUCGUGAAGAUACGAUGAUCGGAACCAGUUUCCUGCGAGUAGCGGCCCACGACGAUGACUUCGGAACCAACGCUGCCGUCACGUACUCAAUGUCCGGCGAGCAGCCGGAGUACCUCAGGGUCAACCCGCUGACCGGCUGGGUGUUCGUCAACCAGCCCAUCUCGCAGAGGACCUACAUCACCCGGGAGAUCGUGGCCACGGACGGUGGCAACCGGAGCAGCUCGGUGGAACUGGCGGUCACCAUCACUAACGUGAAAAACCAGCCGCCGCAGUGGGGCAAGGACAGUUACGGCGUGGUCAUACCCGAGAACACCGUGCGGGACACGCCCAUUGUGACCAUCAAAGCCACCUCCCCAUUGGGCGACCCGAGGGUAACCUACAAUCUGGAGGACGGCAUGGUCCCGGAGACCAACAUGCCCGUCCGCUUCUACUUGACGCCUAACCGGGAAGAUGGCUCAGCCUCCAUUCUUGUGGCGGAACCUCUGGAUUACGAGACCACCCGCAACUUCAUGUUGAGGGUCCGAGCGCAGAACGUCGCCGCCGUGCCAUUGGCUGCCUUCACCACGGUCUACGUCAACGUAACGGACGUGAACGACAACGUCCCCUUUUUUACAUCCUCCAUCUACGAAGCCUCAGUCACCGAAGGCGCCCAGUCAGGAACUUUGGUCUUUCAAGUGUCCGCCAAUGACCUAGACUUGGGUCUCAACGGGAAGAUCGCCUACUCGCUGCUGGAGGAUCGAAGCGGGGACUUCCAGUAUUUCCGUAUCGACCCCGAGCUUGGUUUCAUCUACACGCAGACAGUUUUUGACCGCGAGACUAAGAGUUCCUACCUGCUGGAGGUCCAAUCGGUGGACGGCUGGGAGUCGGCGAGGCCCGGCAAACACGGACAGCCUAACUCGGACACGGCGUACGUUCGCGUGUUCAUCAGCGACGUCAAUGACAACAAGCCGGCCUUCGCUCAGACCACGUACGAGGUGGACGCGGACGAGGACGCCGACGUGGGAUUCGCUGUUGUCACCGUCAGCGCAAACGACGGAGAUGAAGGCGGCAAUGCCAAACUGCGCUACCAAAUCACUUCGGGAAACUCGGGAGGAGUAUUUGACGUGGAGCCGGAAGUUGGGACCAUCUUUGUCGCUCAGCCUUUGGACUACGAGCAGAACAAAAGGUACAAACUACACGUUCUCGCUUCCGACGGCAAGUGGGAGGACUACACCACAGUGUCGGUCAAUGUGGUCAACAAGAACGACGAAGCGCCCGUGUUCACCAACAACGAAUACUACGGCAGCGUGACCGAGGAACUGGAUGGGUCACCCGUUUUUGUUUUACAGGUGACGGCGUCCGACCCGGACAAGGACGCCGACCAGGAAGCCCUCCGCUACUCGCUCCACGGCCAAGGCGCCGAGAGCGAGUUCGUCAUCGACGAGCUGACGGGGAAGAUCUACGCCCAGCGGACGCUGAACCGCGAGGAGCGCGCCGUCUGGCGUUUCGUGGUGCUGGCCACGGACGAGGGUGGCGAAGGCCUGACGGGCUUCACCGACGUUAUCAUCAACGUGUGGGACAUCAACGACAACGCGCCCGUCUUCACCUGCGCGCCCAGUUGCCACGGUGACGUGGCCGAGAACUCGCCGGCCGGCACGUCGGUGAUGGAGAUGACGGCCACAGACUUGGAUGACGCGGCGGUGGGCCAGAACGCCGUCCUGUCUUACCGUAUCGUUGGCAGCUUGGCCGAGAUCGGGGGCGUUCCCGCCUUCUCCGAGAUGUUCGCCAUCAACCCUGCCACUGGAACCAUUACGGUGGCCAUGGGCGGUCUGGACCGAGAGCAAGUGGAGUCCUACAUGUUGGUAGUGGAGGCCAGAGACGGAGGCGGCAUGGCGGGAACGGCCACGGCGACCGUUCAGAUCACCGACGUCAACGACCACGCGCCCAGGUUCCUCGAACGUGCUUGCCUGGCAAGAAUCUCUGAGAACGCCGAGCCAAACGCGGAGGUGUUGGAGCUGAGAGCGGAGGACUGCGACACGGGCGAAAAUGGCCAACUGACCUUCAGCGUGGUGGCCGGAGACCAGGAACAGAAGUUCUACAUGUUUAGCAACAAAGCGGAACAGCGCGGUAGCCUUCGACUCAAGAAGCGUCUGGACUACGAAAGGCACAGCGAGCAGAGGUUCAAUCUCACAAUCAAGGUUGAAGACUUGGACUUCUCCAGCCUUCUUCACUGUGCUGUUGAAGUGGACGACUACAACGAUCACGCUCCGGUCUUCAUCCCGCACUUACUAUCUCUUGGACCCCUGUCGGAGGACGUCCCAGUGGGGACAAGCGUGGCCCGCCUGGUAGCCAGCGACUCGGACUCUGGUCAGAACCGUCAGCUGGUCUACAGCCUGUCCCGAGACUCGGACCCGGAUGGACUCUUCGCCGUCGACCAAUCGGGUGUCCUGACAGUGGCCCGGGCUUUGGACCGAGAGAAGGUGGCACAGCACCACCUGGUGGUUGUUGCCACCGACCAUGGGGUUCCCGCGUUGUCGGGAAGCGCCACCGUGGAGCUCCCGCUGCUGGACGUCAACGAUAACGGGCCGCAGUUUGAGGCUGCAUAUGCGCCGGUGGUUUUUGAGAACCUUCCGGCACCUCAGGUUGUCAACAUGAACCAGACGUCCAUGCUCCUCCGCGUUCAGGACCGCGACUCCCCUGAGAACGGCGGCCCAUUCCGUUUCUCCGUCCCAGCUGACUAUCGCCACGGCAACGACUUCUACCUCAAGGACAACCUGAACGGGACGGCCACUUUGACGGCGCUGCGGACGUUCGACCGCGAGCGUCAGAAGGAGUUCCUGAUCCCCGUGAUCAUGAGCGACAGCGGCCGUCCCGCCAAAACAGUCACCUCCACGCUGACCGUCACCGUCGGCGACCACAACGACCACGCGCAUGUCGGCGGCGAGAAGACCAUUUUCGUCAACACGCACAGAGGCCGCAUGCCCACGACUGUACUGGGAAAAGUUUACGCGCCCGACCCGGACGACUGGGACAACAAAACGUACGCUUUCGAGGGACAUGUUCCAACUUACUUCAUCUUGAACAAGCGCACAGGCUUCGUGAUAAUUAAGGAAAACGCCCCGUCUGGCGACUACCACUUCCUGGUGCGCGUUUCGGACGGCGUGUGGCCCGACGCUAUCUCGGCAGUGACGGUGCACGUUCGAGAGCUGCCCGACGACGCCAUACAUAACUCGGCAUCGCUCCGCCUCGCAGACAUGACGGCCAAAGAGUUCACCGAGUCGAGAGGGAAACAGCGCAGCCGCUACGAGCUGCUCUCCGACUUCCUGUCAGAGAUGCUGUCGACGCCGGCGUCCGACGUCAACGUGUUCGGUCUGAGCGACGUCGCCGGCCGCAUGCUGGAUGUACGCUUCGCCGUGCGCGCCGGCGCCGUCUUCCUGCGGCCCGAGAAGAUGCACGGCUACCUGGCGGCGCACAAACAGAAGCUGCAGUCAUUUCUGCAGGUGCGCGUCUACCAGGUACGUGUAGACGAGUGCCCACAGACAGAGUGCGGCGGGGCGGGUGGCUGCGCCAGCGCCUUGGCCGUCCGAGAUGCGCCCACGGUGGUGGACUGCGGCUCCCUGACUUUGGUGUCCGUCACGUUGGAGGCGGCCCCCGUCUGCGCCUGCCCUGGGCGUCAGCAGGUGCACCAGCCUUGCAACGCUUACCCAAGGAACCCGUGCUUCAAUGGAGGCGUGUGCGUGGACACCCAGCACGGCUACAGGUGCCAGUGCCCAGCCCAGUUGGAGGGUCCCGAGUGCCAGCAGAACAAGCACAGUUUCCGCGGCAACGGCUACGCCUGGUUCCCUCCCAUGACGCCGUGUUUUGAAAGCCACAUCUCGCUGGAGUUCAUCACCGAAGUGCCCGGCGGGCUGCUGCUCUACAGCGGGCCGCUGGCGCAAUUGCAGGCCUGGGACCACGAGGAUUUCAUGGCUAUCGAGCUAAUAGACGGGACCCCCACGCUGAAAAUCAACCACGGUUCCGACACGGCGGUGCUACAGUUGCCAGGCAACGUCAACGUGGCAGACAGGCGCUGGCAUCGGCUGGACGUCCGCAGCAACGGCGAGGAGGUGCGCUUCACCUUAGAUCGCUGCUCGGGGGCGGCGGUUAUGGAGAUGGAGGGUCUGGGAAGCUGGCUGACCACAGAGGACCACUCGUCCUGCGAAGUCACCGCCACCACGCCCAACACGGACCGAUAUUUGAACACGAGUCAAGUGCUGCAGCUGGGCGGAGUCAACGAGGACAUCCCGUACAUGUACCCACAGCUUCAACAUAAACACUUCACGGGGUGUAUACGAAAUCUGGUUGUGGACAGCAAGAUGUACGAUCUGAGCUCCCCGGCCGACUCGCGGUCCAGCUCGCCGGGCUGCCAGACCACCGACGGCAGCUGUGUCAACAUGGGUUACCCAUCCUGCGGACGCCGCGGACGUUGCCAUGGCGAGUGGGGCUCCUUCAGCUGCCAGUGCGUGCCCGGAUACACCGGGCAGCAGUGCGACCAGGAGGUUCCGGAGUAUUCUUUCGACGGCCACAGCCACGUGCGCUACCAGUUGGCCUCGCCCUUGCCGGCCAGGAGGACUGCGGCGCAGGUGCUGCUUCGGACCCGCAAGCACAGCAGCGUCGUGCUCAGUCUGAGCUCCAGAGAGCAGAACGAGUACCUGAGACUGGAGAUUUUUCAGGGCCUUCUGAGCGUGUUCUACAACCUUGGCGACGGCGACCACAACCUGAGCCUGCCCACAUACCGCCUGGACAACGGCGAGUGGCACCAGGUCAGAUUGGAGCGCCACGACAACGAGAUGACUCUGCAGUUGGAUGGCGGAGGCGGCCAAAGAGAGGUGACGGGGGCGCCGGGGCGCAGCCGGGAGAUCAUCGUGGACCCCACGCUGGUCAUGCUGGGCAACGCCUUCCCAUCAGUUCUCAACAAGAGCUUCCAGGGCUGCAUGAGGGACCUUCGCUUGAACGGUCGCCAGCUCCCGAUGGACAGCCAGACCGCACGGGAAGGCGUCUCGCAAAUCGGCGCGCAGGGCCUGACGCCUGGGUGCCCCUCCGACUCCUGCAGGAGAAACCAGUGCAGCCCCCCCUUCACCUGCGUGGACCUGUGGCGAGUGCACGAAUGCAGAUGUCCGCCAGGCCACAUGGUACGAGUCAACGGCAGCCGGAAGUCGUGCGUGUACACGUUAUGCGCCACGCGACCGUGCCACGGCGGGACGUGCGUGGCGCAGUCCCCCAGCAAAUUCACCUGCCACUGCCCCGACGGCCACCGGGGGCGCCUUUGCGAGACCACGCUGGCCGUGUACAGCGACGACGUGGGACUCAGCUUCAGCUCGCUCUUCGCCAUCUGCAUCUGCUUCAUGGCCUUACUCGUGCUAUUGCUAGGCAUCUUUCUGUACACGCGCUGGAGGAGCUACAAAGGCCUGAAGGAAGGCGUGUACCACGUGUCGGCGCACCACGACGGCUGGGAGGACGUCCGCGAGAACGUCCUAAAUUACGACGAGGAGGGCGGCGGCGAGGAGGACCAGAAUGCGUACGACAUGGCGGAGCUGCAGAAGUCACUGCAGCCGAGCCCGGCGCAGUCGCUACAGUACUGCCGCUCGAGGGCGCUACACCACCCGCCUCCUGCGCCGCCCCCGGCCGGGGCUCUUCACCAUCACCACCUCCUGCACCGAGCCCCGACCCCGCCGGCCUCCGGCCGCUCCGGCACGCCACCCCCGAGGAGGGACGUGCCGCCCACCCGCCCCCCGGCACAGGGUCAGGCGGGUCCCCCCCGUCCGGGCCGACGCUCGCUCUCCUUCUCCAGCCAGGACCUGGCGCGCUACCUGUGCGAAAUCAUCCGCGACGCCGACCAGCACCCGGACACGGGGCCCUUCGACUCCCUGCAGGUCUUCUCCACCGAGGGCGGCGGCUCCCCGGCGGGCUCCCUCAGCUCCUUCAGCUCGGCCGCCUCCGACCCCGGGGACGGCGCGGCGGAGGGUCGGCGCGAGGAGACGCUCGGAGAAUGGGGGCCGCGUUUCGAGAAGCUUAGGGCGCUGUACGAGCGGGCGGAGGCCAGCGACCUCUGAACCCGCGGGACCCUUUCCGGGGCGCCGCACGUUUCGACUCGAUGUUUUCGCCGUCAGCGGAUACGGACACCGAUGGAGGGCCCUUAAAUGUGAAAAUGCUUUUUUAUACGCAGGCACAGCAGACACCUAAAAAUGUAUUUUUCGCCUCUUUGUUUGUCGUGUAAAUAAUCAAACAACGGUCACUUUAUUCGAUACAAAGCUUGAAAACUUCUGUGACAUUUGUGGAAUUACAACUUAGCUAGCGCGUCGAUGGAAAAUUGCGUAUUGGCGGCGCGUUUCUAUUUGAUAACGCGCCCUCGUCCUCGGCUCGCCGUCCCCCCCCGCGGGAGGCGCCGGCGAAUGGCAAACUCCUUUAGUGGAAUACAAACGCGCUGCCGCAUGCUCCGCCGGUCAAGGACGCGCAAAGGCGCGUUUACAUUAUCUCGUUUUGCCGUUUUUUUAUAAAUACGAAAAAAGAUGAUCGUCGUGGUGAAGAAAAACAAAAAUUAUCAUAAAAGCAAAAGUUUAUUUUCACUCCUCACUCACUCCAUCAAUCAAUGUCACGCACGUCGACAUUUUCAUUUUCUUCCGGAAACGGGAUACGUUUUCAGUUGUCAGGACUAACUUGACUCAUUUGAUUCAUCGGCAGGGGCGGAGAUCGGUUUUCAACAUUGGGAGGGGACGAUAAAUAGAAAAAUUUUAGAGAAGAAUUAUGAGGGGCGGGGGGUAAAUGAUAUACAGUGUAUCACAAAAGUGAGUACACCCCUCGCAUUUCUGCAGAUAUUUUAGUAAAUCCUAUACGGGCCAAUACGGUAAUAUUCGUCUGUGUUUUGGACGAAAAUACAGGGUGGGGCAGAGCAACUUGCUUAUUUAAACGUGGUGCCCUGAAGCGAUGGUUACUCUGAGAAUGGUAGGGUGGACUUAUUUGAGAGGAUGGGGCUUAAAGUUUAUUUUUCAGGAACCACAGUGAGCAUUAGGGUUGUUCCGAUCCUGUUUUUUUGCUCCCGAUCCGAUCCCGAUCGUUUUAGUUUGAGUAUCUGCCGAUCCCCAUACUUCCCGAUCCAAUUCCUUUUUUUUUUUGCUCCCAAUUCAAUUCCAGUCAUUCCCGAUAAUUAUUCCCGAUCAUAUACAUUUUGGCAAUGCAUUAAGAAAAAAAUGAAUAAAACUUGGACAAAUAUAUACAUUCAACAUACAGUACAUAAGUACUGUAUUAGUUUAUUAUGACAAUAAAUCCUCAAGAUGGCAUUUACAUUAUUAACAUUCUCUUAAAGCAAUCCACAGAUAGAAAGACUUGUGAUUCUUAAAGGAUAAAUGUGACUUUGUAUAUUGUGACUAAAUAUUGCCAUCUAGUGUAUUUGUUGAGCUUUCAGUAAAUGAUACUGUAGCCAUUUAACUUCUGCCCAAAUGCAUGAUGGGAAGUGCAACCAUGACUGUGCGUAUUGGCACCGAUUGAUAUAUCUUCUCUGCGUUGGGAAAUAACACAGGGUGUAAAGAAAAAGCUCAACUCCUACCUUUCUUCCCCACGAUAUUUCUAAUUGUUGAGAGAGGGAUUUUAAGGCUAUAACCAAUUAAAAAAAGGCUCUAAAGACUGCCAAAAUUCACUCUACUCAUUUUACGCUGCCUUUUAGCUCUAUAUAUAGGUAAAUCGACGCCAUUAUAGAUUGAACGCGACAAUGCGUGAGUGGGUCGUGCAGCGCAUGCGUUAAUUGCGUUAAAUAUUUUAACGUGAUUAAUUAUAGAAAAAUUAAGUAUCGCCGUUAACGCGAUAAAUUUGAUAGCCCUACUCUAAGCCAAAACUAAAGACUCUGGAUGAGUGUAAGACAUUUUGUUUGUAACGUUAAAUACAAUUAGAAAACGAUUUAAUUAAAAAAAGGAAAGACUUGUAAUUCUUAAAGACUUUGUAUAUUGUGACUAAAUAUUGCCAUCGAGUGGAAUUUUAUGAGCUUUCAGUAAAUGAUAAUUCAGCCAUUUAACUUCUGCCCAAAUGCAUGUAGGGAAGUGCAGCCAUGACUGUGCGUAAUGGUACCAAUUGAUAUAUUUUCUCAGCGUUGGGAAAUAAAAUAGGGUGUUAAGAAAAAGCUCAACUCCUACCUUUCUUCCCCACAUUGCUUCCCACGAUAUUUCUGAUCGUUGAUUGAGGGAUUGUAAGGCUUUAGCCAAUUUUAAAAAAGGCUUUAAAGGCUGCCAAAAUUCUCUCUAUUCAUUUUACGGUGCCUUUUAGUUCUAUGUAUACGUAAUACGGUGCCAUUAUAGAUUGAACGCGACAAUGUGUGAGUGGGUAGUGCAGCGCAUGCAUGAAUUGCGUUGAAUAUUUGAAUGUUAUUACCGCCGUUGACGCGAUAAAUUUGACAGCCCCACUUUAAGCCAAAACUAAAGACUCUGGAUGAGUGUAAGACAUUUUGUCUGUAACGUUAAAUACAAUUAGAAAACAAUUUAAUUAAAAAAAAAAAAAUAUAUAUAUAUAUAUAUAAAUAUAUAUUUAUAUUAAAAAAGGCAUGUCCGAUAUUUUUUUGCCGAUUCCGAUAUUUUGAAAAUGACGUGAUCGGACAUCUCAAAUUUUUAGUAGGGCUGCAGCUAUCGAUUAUUUUAGUAGUCCAUUAAUCGAUGAACCAGUUAGUUCGAAUAAUCGAGUAAUCGGAAAAGGAACAUGAAAAAUUAAAAUCCCUGAGCCGAGCCUCAAAUGGUAUAAAAAAUAAAUAAAUAAAUGAGAAUCUAUGUACAACAAUAGAAAAAUUGAAAAAAACUUUCAUAGCAAAAGUCUGCUAGCUGAAAUGCUAUAAAAUGCUAACGUUUUUUUACAAUGCUCUUAACAUAUGGUUCAGACACAUAUUCCCACAAAAAAACGGCUAAAUAUACCUAUAAACUGAAUUACGAAUGCAUUUAAAAACAUUAGCUCAAACAAAAACUUAGCUAAUGUUGGUCUUAACAGGUAGCAGUUGGAUCCAGCCAUGUGAAAUGAGGCAGACCAGAGGGCAGUGUAUCAACUAUCAACCCUAAUCAAUAAAACAAAAUGCAAACACUUUCAAAAUAAACCAUGACAACGCUACUUUAAUGUAUGUCUAUGUAUACGUAAUACGGUGCCAUUAUAGAUUGAACGCGACAAUGUGUGAGUGGGUCGCGCAGCGCAUGCAUGAAUUGCGUUAAAUAUUUUAAUGUUAUUACCGCCGUUGACGCGAUAAAUUUGACAGCCCCACUUUAAGCCAAAACUAAA